AUGAAGCUGCUGACUAAAUUUGAAACGAGGAGUGAUCGAGUGAAGGGAACAAGUUUCCACAGUAAGUGGCCAUGGAUCCUGGCCAAUCUACAUAGUGGUGUGAUCCAACUAUGGGACUACUAUAUGGGGACUCUGAUUAAUCGGUUUGAUGUGCAUGAUGGCCUUGUCCGAGGUGUCCUUUCCACAAAUUUAGCCUCUCUUUGUAUCUAA